UUGUGUGUCCAAAACCUCUUCCUCCUCCGCUGAAUUUCUCAGCCCAUACAUACACACAUACAUACCUACACAGAGAAGAGAGAGAUAUACCUACACUGUACUUGUAGCCCCCUCUUUUUUUUUUUACUUUAAUUUCUAUUUAUAUAAUUAUUGUAUAUAUAUAAAUAUGGAUGACGGAGAAGGGGGUUUAAGCUUUGAUUUCGAGGGUGGGCUCGACACGGGUCCCUCUCAUCCGACCGCAUCCGUACCCGUAAUCAAAUCAUCAGGCGAUGCAAACACCGCAUCCGCCGCGGCUGCCAAUGCCAAUUACCCUUCCGCAGUCCCCACGCCGGCGACGCAGGCAGCGGAGGGGAUGGGUGGCGGUGGGAGGCGAAGUUUCCGUCAGACGGUGUGCCGGCACUGGCUGCGAUCACUGUGCAUGAAAGGAGAUGCCUGUGGGUUCCUUCAUCAGUACGACAAAUCGCGGAUGCCUGUUUGCCGAUUUUUUCGUCUCUACGGAGAGUGCCGCGAGCAGGAUUGCGUGUAUAAACACACGAAUGAGGAUAUAAAGGAGUGUAAUAUGUAUAAACUAGGAUUUUGUCCAAAUGGUCCUGAUUGUAGAUAUAGGCAUGCGAAACUGCCUGGACCUCCACCUCCCGUUGAAGAGGUUCUUCGGAAGAUUCAGCAAUCCUCACACAACUAUGGCAACAGAUUUUUUCAAAACCGUAAUGCAAAUUAUGCCCAGCAGACAGAGAAGUCCCAGUUUCCACAGGGACCAAAUGAAGCAAAUCAAGUUGCAAAAGGUAGCACGACAGAGUCUGGUAAUUUGAUUCGUCCCCCACAAGGACAGCUAUCUCAGCAGACUGGAAACCAGGGUCAAUUACAGAAUCUUCCCAAUAGCCAGCAAAAUCAAGCUAGUAGGAAUGCCACAUCCCUGCCCCAAGGAACAUCUAGGUACUUUGUCGUCAAAAGUUGCAACAAAGAGAAUCUGGAGCUGUCUGUACAACAAGGAGUAUGGGCAACUCAGAGAAGCAAUGAGGCUAAACUUAAUGAAGCUUUUGAAUCUGUUGAUAAUGUCAUUUUGAUCUUUUCAGUCAACAAAACUCGGCAUUUUCAGGGUUGUGCAAAGAUGACAUCCAGAAUUGGUGGCUCUGUUGGUGGAGGAAACUGGAAGCAUACUCAUGGAAGUGCUCAUUAUGGACGGAAUUUUGCUGUCAAAUGGUUGAAGCUCGGUGAACUGUCCUUCAACAAGACUCGGCAUUUGAGAAACCCGUACAAUGAGAACUUACAAGUGAAGAUAAGUAGAGACUGUCAGGAACUGGAGCCUUCUGUUGGUGAGCAGUUGGCAUCCUUGCUCUACCUUGAGCCAGACAGUGAUCUGAUGGCUGUCUCGCUGGCAGCAGAAUCAAAGCGAGAAGAGGAGAAGGCAAAGGGAGUAAACCUUGAGAAUGGGAAUGAAAAUCCAGAUAUUGUACCAUUUGAAGAGAAUGAAGAGGAGGAAGAAGACGAAAGUGAAGAAGAGGAUGAAAGCCUUGGACAGGUUUUCGGAGCUCAAGGAAGGGGAAGAGGAAGGGGAAUGAUGUGGCCUCCACAUAUGCCUCUUGCACGUGGUGCCCGUGCUUUCCAUGGAAUGCGAGGUUUUCCCCCAAAUUUGGUUGCCGGUGAUGGCUUUUCUUAUGGACCAAUGAACCCUGAUGGUUUUCCCAUGCCUGAUCCUUUUGGUAUGGCUCCCCGCAGCCUGGGCCCAUAUGCUCCUAGAUUCUCUGGUGAUUUUGCAGGUCCUACCUCAGGGAUGAUGUUCCCUGUCCGGCCUUCUGGUGGAUUCAACAUGAUGAUGGGUCCAGGAAGGCCUCCUUUCAUGGGCGGAAUGGGUGUUGGUGCCGCACCUGCAGCAAGAGCUAACCGACCACUUGGUCUAGCCCCAUUUUAUAUGCCACCACCGACACAACCUUCUCAGAAUUCUAAUCGAGCUAAGAGAGAUCAGAAAGCACCAACUAGUGACAGGAAUGAAGGUUCAGCUCAUGCGAAGGAUCAAGAGAUGGCUGGCUCUGCUGGCGAUGAAGGUCAGUAUCAGCAGAGAGCAAAAGUUCAACAGGAUCAUUAUAGCGCUGGAAGCAGCCACAGGAAUGAUGAAAGUGAUAGUGAGGACGAGGCUCCAAGGAGGUCUAGGCAUGGAGAAGGAAAGAAGAAGAGGCGCAGCCUGGAGGCAGAUUCUAACGCUGUCUGAUGGACUGGUAUAGUUAUAAAGUUGACUAUCACAACUGCUGAUCUGGGAAUUUGAAAAUGUCAUUACAGUUUAGCAUUUAGCGAAUUUGAGAGUUAGGUUCGCUCUACUAGGUUAAGCAUAUUAUUUUAUUUUGUCCAUAUAUUAUAUAAUACAUCAUUUCCUCCUA